AGUUGGGACCAGUGAUUGUCAGGAUCAAAGAUGGGCUUAAUAGUUGGGUAAUCAUAGAAGGGAGGAAAAUAUAUUUAACGAGUGAUUAAUACCAAUAGGAGGCAGUAAUGCAACAUGUGGGAUAUCAACUGCCGUAAAACCCUUAAGAAGAAGAUGAUCUGAACACAAAAGCGAGCGAGCUAACUAGCUAGCUGUUUCGGGUAAUUUAAACAAGACUGCCAGCCGCAGUCCUGGCGAAAGAGGGGAUAGCGUCAUGGACCCAAAAAUGCAGUCUGUUGUCAAACAAAACCUCCAUUCGGAGACCGAAGGAGACCUCAACAAACUCGUCAACCUGAAGCUGAAUGCAUCCUACGCCUACCUUUCUCUGGGGAUGUAUUUUGACAGGGACGAUGUUGCCUUGCCAAAAUUCUCUACUUUUUUCCUGGAGCUCUCCGUGAAAGAGAGGGAACAGGCUGAGAAGCUGCUGGAAUAUCAGAACAUGAGAGGGGGUCGAAUUUUGCUCCAGACUAUUGCUAAACCAAGUAGAGAGGAUUGGAGAGGUGGUCUGGAUGCAAUGUCCUUUUCCCUGGACUACCAGAAGUCCCUAAACACAUGUAUCCUUGAGGUCCACCGCAGAGCUGGCGUCCACACUGACCCUCAUCUGUGUGACUUCCUUGAGCAGCACUUCCUGAAUGACAGCCAUGACACCAUCAAGAAGCUGGGCGACUACAUUGGCAGUCUGACCCGCAUCACUGCGUCUGAGACACACGGUCCUAUGGGAGAAUACCUCUUUGAUAAACAUACUCUUUAAACGAGUAUAGUGAAACAAGCUCAUUUCAAACGAUAUGGGGAACAGGGGAAACAUGUUGUCAGUUAAGAAAACUAUGCAAUAUUAUCAGUUUACCACAAACUUGUUUUUACUCAUACACUGGAAAAAGUAAUGUUCUCAUUAUUAUGGUGCUUAAAAACUACGAUUUUUCUUAAGUUGUUAAUGAGUUUCUUGUUGUUUAGACUGCAUCAUGAUUCAUGCAUUUCAGUGUCAUUAGUUUUAACCCACAUCUUUUGUAAGAAUGCAUACUAUUUUGAGUCAAAUGGAUAGUUUAAGGUUUGGCGUAUCAUUGAAUAAAGCCAAACUAUGCUGACAUA